AAUUGUCCAUAAUUGAGACAGUCACUAAGAUAGAGCGUGGAGAAGCGGUGAUCUGCACCUCUGUGUAUCUUAUCGACAUUGGUUAUCAACAUUGCAUAGAUGACAAAGACUUAAAGACCUCCUGUGUGGGGCAACCUUCAACACCAUUUCAGCUCUCUCAUCCACCUUCAAAGUCGGCUGCCUUCGCUUUUCGUAUCUGGCUAUUAUUGUUGCUAUCUUCAGGCCGAAAGUCCACUAUUUCAUCCCUGCAGCAGCUCUACUUGACCAGUUGCUUCUAUUGUUCAACUUUGACUGACCACUGUCACACAGAGAGAAACAAUGGCUACGUGUAGUGUACGUUUCCGCUUCCUGUUUGGCGUAUUAUUCGCUUUCCUGGGGAGACACAUCGUGAUGUCAGCGAAAUGGCGGCAGGCCAGGGACGUGUUCCUGUCAAAUGUUGAUACACUUAGUGAGACGAUGAAGCGACAGCCUAGUCACAUGAUCACCACACGUGACCUAUUCGGUCUAACGAAGGGCGAGGACGUCGCACUAAUGGACUCGGCACUGAGUGAACAAGGAACCGAUAUCAAAAAGUACCGCGAGACUUACAGAGGAGUUCCAGUAUUUGAUGCCAGCCUCACUUUAGAAGAGGACGCCAAAACGCAUGUGUACACUGGUCAGGUGACUGGUAAACUAGUUGAGAACCUUGACGAUGACAUCAACUCUACGAUACCAAAUUUGACCGACGAGGAAGCGAUGCAAUUAGCUGCCAACUACGGCAACUUCUCUAUGGAAGGGGCCCGCAUAGAGUAUGAUAAACCCCAGUUGAUGAUCUUUGUGAAGGAUGAUAUAGGAAUCCUAGUCUAUCGAGUUCAAUAUUAUGCCGUGUCUGAUGGAAAAAAUUAUCGAUUUUGUAUGAUGAUUGAUGCAAAGAACGGAACACUUGUCUCCAAAUGGAAUACAUUAGAAACUGUAACGAGCAAAUAUGAAAUGAAAGGUGUUGGUGGUAACAUGUUGAUAGGCAAACAGAGAUACGGAGAAGAACUACCAUAUUUGAAGGUGACACGUGAAGGCGAUGAGUGUUAUUUCGCGAACGAUAUCGUCAAAGUGGUGAAUUUGAAAGGAGAAGAGUUUCUGCCUAAUGAGGAAGAACAAGUCUAUCACGUCAACUGCAAAGAUGGUACGAAAGAUGAAGCGAACGGAGCUUAUUCUCCGAUAAAUGAUGCUCUUUUCUAUGGCAACAUCAUCUACAGUAUGUACAUGGAAUGGCUGAAAGUUCCUCCGAAAAAGGAGUUGCCUAUGGUCUUCCGUGUGCACUAUAGUAACGAUGUAGUGAAUGCUUUUUACAAUGGCAGAAACUUUACGUUUGGUGAUGGAGACUGGGAUUACAUGCCACUUGUGACCCUCGAUAUUGCAGCCCACGAAGUAUCCCAUUGCUUUACAGAGGAACACUCAGGUUUAAUAUACGAGGGACAGUCGGGUGGUAUCGACGAAUCGUUCAGUGACCUGGCUGGUGAAGCAGUUGAAAUCUUUUUUAAUAUAAACGAAAAUAACAACUGGAAAAUUGGAGAAGACAUUGCAGCAACACCAAUUCGCAAUAUAUGUAACCAAUCAGAAGACGGGAUGUCGAUCAUACAUGCCGGCGACUAUAAAAGCAGUUUGGACGUCCAUUACCUAAGCGGAGUAUUCAACCGGUUCUACUGUUUGUUGUCCAAUCGGAAAGAAUGGGGUGUUCAAAAGGUGUUCCAAACAGCAGCACAUUCCAACCGUUUCUACUGGCACCCAACAACCAGCUUCGUUGAGGCCGCUUGUGACUUUAUGAAAUCCGCGUAUGACCUUGGCUACGACACUGGACCUGUGUCACAAGUUUUCACGAAGGUAGGCAUCGAAGUAUGUGGUUUAUCCUCAUACAUCAGAACAGUCCAUCAGAACUCAAAAAUCGAGGGUCUAAGUGCGAUUACCGGUCAAGAAGUCUUAUUUCAACUAAUCUUAACAAAUUUACCAUUAAAAAAUGUGAAAAUUGUUACAUUUGGCAGUGGUGAAGCAGAUUUGUUUGUUUGCUCCGAGAAGAUUCUCUGUAAUGAACAUUUGUCGGAAUGGCGAUCGAACAAGCCUGGUUCCGACCAGCAGCUUUUCAUUAAAAGUCCGAAGCAAGGCAAAUAUUUCAUAAUAUUAAAACCAAAAGUCUCGAGCUAUAUCGAAGGUGUAACUUUAGCAGUGACAUUUGAAGAUAAUUAACAAAUAAAUUUGUUUUGUUUUAAAGCAAAAAAAAAAAAAA